AUGUUUGAGCGUUUUACUGAGAAAGCAAUUAAGGUCAUAACGUUGGCUCAAGAGGAAGCUCGGAGACUUGGCUAUAACUUUUUUGGGACUGAGCAUAUACUGCUAAGUCUAAUUGGGGAAGGGACUGGGAUCGCUGCAAAGGUUCUUAAAUCCAUGGGGAUCAAUCUUAAAGAUGCACGUGUGGAAGUGGAAAAGAUAAUUGGGAGAGGCAGUGGAUUUGUUGUAGUGGAGAUUCCAUUUACUCCUCGCAAAGCGUGUGCUGGAUUUGUCACUAGAGGAAGCUCGACAACUCGGCAUAAGGGUAUUGCAGUUCGUGUCUUGGAGAUAUUGGGUGCAGAUCCUAGUAAUAUCCGGACACAAGUAAAUGCACCAAUUCUUGUUAAUUCACAACAAGCGUUGGUGGCGGAAGUAAUGGAAACAGCAACAUGGCAAGUUGGCAACACUAGAAGAGGUAAACUGGAUCCGGUUGUUGGAAGGCAGCCACAGAUAAAACGAGUGGUCCAGAUCUUGGCUCGAAGAACCUGCAGGAACAACGCGUGUCUUAUUGGAAAGCCUGGAGUUGGGAAGAGAGCAAUAGCGGAAGGAAUUGCACAGCGAAUUGCUAGUGGUGAUGUUCCUGAAACAAUCAAGGGGAAGAUGAAUGUGGCAGGGAAUUGUGGCUGGAACGAAAUCCGGUGGAGAAGCCGAGGGAAAAUUGAAGAAGUUUAUGGGCAAAGUGAUGACAUAAUUCUGUUUAUUGAUGAAAUGCACUUGCUCAUCGGUGCAGGAGCCGUUGAAGGUGCGAUAGAUGCUGCUAACAUCUUAAAACCAGCUCUAGAAAGAUGUGAAUUGCAGUACAGGAAGCACAUUGAGAAUGAUCCUGCAUUGGAGAGACGGUUCCAGCCUGUGAAGGUACCUGAACCAACUGUAGAAGAAGCUAUACAGAUCACUACUGUUUUAGCUAAAGGCAAAGAAGUGAACAAAGCCGAUAAUGAAGCCGAGGAAGGAAGACCUACUGUUACGGAAGCCGAUAAUGAAGCUGAGUAA